AUGAGUUAUCCGAGAAAAUGGUGGGGUAAGAAAAGUAUUCAGCCAGUAUUAGCAGUGCACGGAUGGCAAGACAAUGCUGGUUCUUGGGACCCACUAGCUGAGAUCAUGCCAGAUGAUUAUUCAAUCUUUGCUAUUGAUCUUCCUGGAAAUGGCCAAUCAUCACAUCUCCCUCCAUUUCAAAAUCAUUAUUUUAAUGAUACGGCUUCAGUUUUGCGUAGAAUUAAACUUUAUUUUAAAUGGGAUAAAGUUGAUAUUCUAGGUCACUCAGGAGGAUCUGCUGCUUGUUUUAUGUACUCUGCUAUAUUUCCUGAAGAUGUUAAAUCUUAUUUUGGUGUUGAUUAUCUUGUUGGUUCCUAUAGUGAUGAUAAAGAGAGGGCUGCUGGAAUAGGUGAAAUCAUUGAUAAGAAAAUAAAACUUGCUUUAAGAGAUCAUUCUGCUUCAACAAAAUACACUUGGGAAGAAGCUAAAAAUGUAUGGAUAAAGGGGACUGAUGGCUCAUUAGAUGAUAGAUCUGCUGAAAUUCUUAUGCAAAGAGGUCUUGAUAAAUUGCCUGAUGGUAAAUAUAUAUUUAGUCGGGAUCACCGUCUGAAAGCGGCUGAUAUAAAUUUAUUAAAUCAAGAACAGCUCUAUGUUCUCGCUGAAAAUGCUAAUGUUCAUGUCCGGUUUGUUAGAGGUUCUAAAAGCGAUUUCUUUAACAAAGGAAAAUGGUGGGGUAAGAAAAGUAUUCAACCUGUGAUAGCAGUGCACGGAUGGCAAGACAAUGCUGGUUCUUGGGACCCACUAGCUGAGAUCAUGCCAGAUGAUUAUUCAAUCUUGGCUAUUGAUCUUCCUGGAAAUGGACGAUCGUCACAUCUCCCUCAUUUUCAAAAUUAUUAUUUCAAUGAUGCGGUUGCAAUUAUGCGUAGAAUUAAACGCUAUUUUAAAUGGGAUAAAGUUGAUAUUCUCGGUCACUCAGGAGGCUCAGCUACUUGUUUCAUGUACACUGCUGUAUUUCCAGAAGAUGUUAAAUCUUAUUUCGGUAUUGAUUUCCUCGUUGAUUCUUAUGGUGAUGAAGAGAAAAGGAUAGCUAAAAUGGGUGAAACCAUUGAUAAGAAAAUACAACUUGCCUUAAGAGAUCAUUCUUCUUCGAAAAAAUAUUCUUGGGAAGAAGCUAAAAAUGUGUGGAUAAAGGCAACUGAUUACUCGUUAGAUGAUAAAUCUGCUGAAAUUCUAAUGCAAAGAGGUCUUGAUAGAUUAUCUGAUGGUAAAUAUAUAUUUAGUCGGGAUCACCGUCUAAAAGGGGCCGAUAUAAAUCUAUUAAAUGAAGAUCAGCUCCGUAUCCUUGCUGAAAAUGCUAAUGUUCAUAUCCGGUUGGUCAGAGCUUCUAAAAGCAACAUCUUUGAUGGGGGAAAGAUAAGAUCUCAGCUGAUAGCUUCUUAUCUAACGGAAGGUAAAUGGUGGAGAAAAAAUGAAGAGCAACCGGUAUUAGCUUUGCAUGGAUUGUUCGAUAAUGCGGCUACCUUCGAUACACUGAUUCCUCUAUUAAAUGAAAAUAUUUCAGUUUUAUCUUUGGAUAUACCAGGUUUCGGUAGAUCAUCGAGCCCUCCUGCCGGUAUGUCUCCGAACUUUUUGGAACUUGUCAUAUGGAUGCGUUACCUGAUAAAGGACUACUUCAAAUGGAAGAAAGUAAACUUGCUUGGCCAUUCUUUCGGAAGCAAUUUAUCUUUUUCAUAUUCAGGAAUGUUUCCAGAAGAAGUUGACAAAUUUAUCAGCAUUGAUUGUGGUAGAUUCAACAUGGCUGCAAAGCCUGAACAUUUGCUCGAUGAUCUGAGAAGAGGUUAUAUGGGCGGAGUGGUAAAAACACUGGAAAUUCCUUAUGAGGGAGAUUAUCAGCUACACUUGGAUUACAUUUUGAAAAUGAGAUCAAAUCCUCCUUUCAAGUUAUCAAAAAGAUUUUGUGAACUUUUUCUUUCAAGAGAUUUGGAAAAAAUUACCGACGAUGUUUAUAGAAAUUUGACCGAUCGAAGGGUUCACCUCAAGUAUAUGGGCAGACCGACGUAUCUGUUUUUAGAUGCAUUGGCAGAAAAAAUAAAAUGUAAAAUGUUAGUGAUAAGGCCUACUGGAGGUGUUUUAGUGAAACACCGCAAGGAAAUGCUUGAAAAACAGUUAUCUAUAAUUGCUCAGAAUUCUCCUAGGCUAGUUUAUGAAGUUGUUGAAGGUGGACACCAUGUGCAUUUGGAAAAUCCUGAAAAGGUUGCACCGAUAAUCAAUAAAUUUUUUGAAACCUGAUAAUUGUUUUUAGUAAAUUUCUAUUCUACGGAGUAAACGUGUUUAUUUUGUAUAUAGUGUAUUUUUAUAUUAGCAUAUUAUUCAUGUUCUAAAAUUAUACAGUAUUUAUUACCUGUAAAAUACAAAUAAUAUAAUUUGAUUAUUUAUAAUAUUCA